UUUUGGAUGAAUUCUAAAAUUACUAUUAAAUUAGCACGAUCACAACACUAUAUUUGCAGAAGAUAGAUCCAAAUUUAUAGGGGUGGGUUCAUUAAAACUUCUACGUUUCUUUAUUUAUACGUUUAGUUCUCUCUCUCUCUCUCUCUCUCUCCUUUUUAAACUAUUAUUUUUUUAAGGGCUUGCAUGUGCUGUUUAGGUUUUAAAUAUGGUUGCAAAUACUUUACUCGUUACAAUGUCAUUGAGAAUGAUGAUUAUUGUUCUUGGUAUGCAGUCCGAUGUAUCUAGAUCUAUUAAUUUAUUUGCUUAAGAUUAAAUUAUGUUAUAAUUUACGGAUGUGACGAUUUUUCGAUUGGGCUGGACUAAAAGUGCUUUUGAACCAAAAAAAGCUCAUAAUCACUUUUCAAAAGUUUUGCAAACACCAAGACUUCAAAUAGUUAGCACUUAGCACAAUGAUUUUUAACUUGCAAAGCAACUAUUUAUGUUUAAAAGAAAACAUGUUUCACUUUCUCUAUUUGUUUGUCAAACAGUACUAUAAUUUGGCUCAAUAUAUAUUUCCUGAAAACAAAACAUGCAGAUUCGAUGCAAAAGAUUUCCUUGAACGAAGCCGGAACGGAAGAAUAGUAUUUGCGGGCGACUCAAUUGGCAGAAACCAAUGGGAGUCUCUAGUAUGCAUGCUGGCACAAGGAGUUUCUAAUCAAUCCACAAUAUACGAAGAAAACGGGAACCCAAUCACAAAGCACAAAGGCUUUCUAUCGAUGAAAUUUCAAGAAUUCAAUCUCACGGUAGAGUAUUACAGAAUGCCUUACCUUGUAAUCGCAGAUCGCCCGCCUCCAAACGCACCCAAAGAAGUCAAGGGUGUGAUUAGGAUCGAUCGACUCCACUGGUACUUUGGUAAAUGGCUCGGAUCAGAUGUUCUUGUAUUCAGCGCCGGUCAUUGGUGGAAUCAAGACAAGACAAUCAAAUCGGGACACUAUUUUCAGGAAGGGGAGCAUGUUAACAUGACGAUGGAUGCAAUGGAAGCGUUUCGAAGAUCACUCGACCCUUUGAAACAAUGGGUGGCACAAAAUUCGGAGAAUGGGAAAACUAAUAUAUUCUUUCGGAGCUACUCACCGGUGCAUUUCAGGGAUGGAGAAUGGAAUAAAGGGGGAUAUUGCAACAUAAGUAAAGAACCAGAAACAGACUUAUCGAAGCUGGAACCCGAGCCGCUAAACAAUUUAUUUAUUCAAGAGGCGGUCGAGGAAAUGAGGAAUGCAACGAAAAGAGUUCAUUUUUUGAAUAUAACAUAUUUGACGGAGUUUAGAAAAGAUGGUCACCCGUCAAGCAACCGAGAACCAGGAACACCAGCCGAGGCUCCACAGGAUUGCAGCCACUGGUGCCUACCGGGAGUGCCGGACACUUGGAACGAACUUCUUUACACCGAGUUGUUGAGAAUUGGAUUCAGAAAGGGCCCACCGUAACUUUUGUGCUUAUUGAAUUUCCUUCACUAUCUACUCCAGUGCCCCAGUAUAUGUGAAAAGGUAUCUGCGAGUAUUAAAACGAACUCUCUCGUCUCAGUCUCGGGUUUUUGUGCAAGAAUUUUUGAAACAAAGUUUUAGAGGGUUCGGUUAUGUAAACCAUGAGAUGAACAACUGCUGCAGUAACCCUCAAAGGUGUGUGUAUAUAUAAUGGAAAAUAUGCCAACUCAGUACAUGUUUUAUGC